AUGAGGAGAAAUUCAAAUUAUCAAAAUUACAACAACAACUAUUAUUCGCAGUCUUCACAGAACUCUCAAACUUACCAGAGCUCACAGAAUCAGAUGCAGAGAUACAACCAAUACAGUCAGAGGCACAGUGGUUCGAGCUGUCAGUUCUCACAGUACUCAAACAAUUCCCAGCCGCUUUGGAACGCAAAUUCUCAGCAAGGACCGUCCCAAAUGCCUGCUCCUCAAGCUAUCAAUCUUCAGCCACAGCCGUACUAUCCUUUUGCCCCUCAAAGAACUGGCAAACGAAGUUAUUACCAAAGCCAACCUGCGUGGCGCCGAAGUCUGAUGGAUCAGAAAAACGCAGAAGCCCAGGAGAAAACGAGAAAGAUGCAACUGCUGCCUUCGCUUCAGAAAAAGAAAGGGAAAAUUGGGUCGGCGUACGAGGAUUUCAUGAAAGGAUGUGUCGAAAAGAAUGAACCAAAGAUGGAAGAGCCAGCAAAGAAAGAGCCGGAGAAGGAAGAGCCCAAGGCGAAAGACUAUGACAGUGACGAAACGAUAGUUUCUGAUGAUGAAUCGAUCAAAAAAGAAAUUACUCCGAAGCGAAGCCCGGUCAAAAUGAAGGAGAGUGCGACCCAGAUGACUCCAGGCUUAUCACAAAUCGUCAAUACUCGCCAAAUGACUCCCGAAAAUGAAAUCGUAACGAAGGUCGAUUCUUCAACUCAGAUGACUCCAGCUCCACAGCCUCCAAAAGUUCAAACAGAAGACAUCAUCGAUUUGACCCAGUCACCUGAUCAGCCGCCUAACUCGUCUUUUCGAACUCCAGAACGACUAUCAAUAACGGCGAACAGUCAUAACACCCCGAAUCCGAAACAGAUUCAACCCAAGACCCAACUAAUGACACCAAAACAGCUCGAAGUCGAUUUGAAAAAGCUCGAAGUCACUCCUGUCCGGAAAAUAUUUGGUCCUCCGUUGAAAAUAGAAAGUCCAUCGGAAACAACGAGGAUCAAAGCAACUCCUCAUCCAAGAAAAAUUCAAACGAAGAGUCAAAAUAUCGCGCAAAAUGAGCAGUCACAGCUUGAGGAAGAAAUAAAAUCUGCGUCUCAAAGAAAGGCAGAAAGAAGAAGCGAUUGGCAUAGACCGGCUUGGCUCCGAAUGCCGAUAAUUCAGCUAGAAUAG